CCGGGCGCGACGACGCCGACGGUUAGUUAGUGGUGGCCGGCAGCGGCAGCGGCGGACCGCGUGGUAGGAGGCUGCUGCGAUUCAAUUUCAGUCGAAGCGCGUCAGGCGAACCGAACGAGCGAGCGAGCAGCGAGGUGGCGAGAACCAGUCGCCGGGCGCUCUCCUUUCCGCGCGACGAUUUUCGAGCCCCUGGACCCGAAGCAACAGGAAGGAACAGUAAGAGAGAAAGGGAGAGAGCGAGAGAAAGAGAGAGAGGGACAGGUGUGCCCGUGCGCGGCCGGCACGUCGCGCGUGCGCUCGCAGGUGCAUGAAGGUAGCCGCGUAUGCGGCUCCCGCGUCGUUGCACUGCGAGGGAGGCCUGUGCGCGCGCGUGUGUGAGUGCAUCUCUCCAGCCUCAGUUUUUACGUUGCGCACGGCCGGUCCGCGUGCGCUGACGCUGCGUCGUGACUUUUACGCGCGAUUAGAACAGGCACGGCCGACAACGCGUUCCCGGGACGCGGCUACGCGCGGCACUCGAGUCGGUCGAUCUCGGUGAAUUUCGGCGCGAAUAAUCGACCGAUGGGCCGGUUACUGAUUUUCAAAUCGGUGACUAGUGCGAAUGGCGGCGGCGCCGCUCCGAACCGUCGCGGGCUUCGACGGCUCGUGCGAACGGGAAAUCUGUGAUCGGUAACGCGUGUCCGCCGCGAAUUCGCACGCGUUCGCGAUGCGCGUCAUCGAGCGACGACAGGCUGCCGGAAUAAUUGCGUGACAACCGCGACGACGACGACGACGAGGAGGAACGGACACCGGAACCGGCGCGAAUCGCCAUGAGCGAGAGCCAUUCGUAGCAAGGAGAGCAAGGAAGGAUUUGCGUUCGCUCGAGGAUGGAAUUCGGGAGCUUCAAGGUCACCGGGCCCCGCGUCAGGAUGCGACGACGUGCGGAAUUGGGCAGACGGCUCACCAGGAGGCUGUCCAUCGUCGCGAGAAUGCCGGCUGCGAUACUCAGCAGAGCGAACCCGCCCGAACCGAGACAGGUCGAGAUCACGGCGAUUGCACCUGACAAGACGCAGCUCAUGUUAUCUGCCUCGUCGCCCGGAGCUAUUUCCACCGUGGUUGCCCCGGUACUUUUGAAAUAUCGAGUUUGCAGACCUAAAUUGCUGCUUGCAGGCUCGAGGGCCGAGAUCGAUCCCGCAGCCGAUGUAGCUCUGCUGUAUAACGAAGUCUUGCUCAUCGAGGACUCGGCAAGACAAUAUGAUGCGAUUGGAGAUACGGAUCGCAGAUACCGGGCCACGGAGAAGCUGUUGCAUGCGGAGGAAGAGUAUCGAGAGGCAUUGUGCAGCGCCAAAGAAUUGUACGCACGUCCGUUGGCACAGAGAUACCCCGAAUUCCAUGAUGUUAUUUUUCAACCCAUUGCAGAUUUGUCGCGGGUCAGCGCGGAGCAUUGCCAAAGGAUCCGCAGGGCGCUCGAGAAUUGGGACAGCGGUGCCUUCAAGUCGAGUGACUUAUUCCCCGGCUCGUUUUGGAACUCUUACUGGGAAUACCUGGUGAGAUACAGCGAGGCUAGGAGGACACUGGACGAGCUGAGAGCGACCGAGGACCCCCUACUGGAGUUUCUCAAUCUCAAGCAGGCAGCCGCGCGGCAUUCGCCCUUGUCGUUGCUUCUUCUACCGGUGCAGAGACUCGCCGACUACGAGAGGUACCUAGGACAGGAAGCGAGGAGCUUGAUAGAAAAUGAAUGCAUCGAUAGCGGGUCAGUUCUCCACCGUGGGCAAUUAGAGGGCGAUCUCCACCGCAUCCAAGAGCUGUUCCCCGGUGACAACUUGCGAUUGCACGAGCGAGACGUCGUCACCACGAAGAUGAAGAAUUUAUUACGCAAAAGAAAUAGUGGCAAUACAGCCAGGCUGACGAGAGGGAUCUCUCAGAGGAUUACGGAUAGCCCGAAUAGCGCUCCAUCUUCGAAAUCACCAGCUAGAACCUUUCUUUUAGAGACACCAGUUCAGUUCACUACGGGCAUGCAAUCUCAGGAGAGGCACCUCUUUCUCUUUACUGAUCUCCUGCUCAUCGCGAAAGCUCGUAGCGGCGGGAACUUCAAGCUAAAGCAGUCGGUGAGAAUGAGCGAGCUCUGGCUCACGGCGGGUCACAUAGAGGAUGUGGCGGAGACCAGCAAGUCCGCGGAAACUAGCUUCGUCCUCGGUUGGCCCACUACGAAUGUCGUAGCCACUUUCAUGACUGCCGCGGCGCGGGAUCUCUGGUGGGGACGUUUGAACGAGCUCGUGCGAGAGGAGAGCAUGAAGGAGCCGCCGCAUACGAACAUUCAAAUCGUGUAUCACGACAGCGACACGAACAACGAAUACUGCAAGACGAUCAUGGUCGGCUCGGAGAUGACGGCGCAUACCUGCGUGAGCAUGGCGAUGCCGCUGUGGGAUCUGCAGGGGCCCUUCCAGCUGUGGGCACGAACGUUCCCGGACGAGGCGCCGUACCCGCUGAUAGGUCACGAGCGGCCGUUCGCCGUGAAGAUGUCGAGCCUGCGACACAUUCUGUCGGCGGAGGAGGGCUUCGAUCUGGAGCACUGCAACAAGAGCGGUCACGAUCCAUGCCACUUUAUCCUUCGACCUGUUAUGAAGUCGCCGGUGAAAAAGAAUAAUCGAUCGAAGAUAACCGGUCUGUUGCGCCGCUCGCUGUCCCUGAAUCCCAGCCUUUUCGGCGUGAAUCUGUCCCGGCUGGAUGAGAAUGGUUUACCGAAACCCGUUUUGGUGAUGCUGCAGCAACUAUUCGCCAAGGGCCCGUUCACGCAGGGAAUUUUUCGCAAGUCCGCGAACCUCCGAAACGUCCGCGAGUUGCGGGAUCAAAUCGAGUCCACGGGAGAUCUCAGCUGUCUGGAGGACGCGCCGGUUGUAACGGUGGCGUCUCUGCUGAAGGACUUUUUGAGGUCACUACCGGAUCCCCUCUUGACCUCUCACCUGUUCCCUCUCUGGAUGGAGAGCCUGGACACGCCAAAUCCCGUUCAAACUAUUAAAAGCAUUCUAGAUAAACUGCCAAAGGCGAAUUACACGUUACUCUCGCAUAUGAUCUGCGUGUUGCAUCACGUGGCAAGACGGUCGAAGCGUAAUCUCAUGUGCGCCAGUAACCUGGGCGUCUGCUGCGGCCCGAGUUUACUUUGGUCCUCGAAUCCGACGGUGAAUCAGAGCAGGGCGAUUCCAAUAAUUACGGAAAUGUUGAUCCGCCACUGCGAGGAUCUGUUCGGAGCCGGCGUCACGCAGCUCCUCGGGGAAGACACACGUAGCGACAGCGGGGCCGAAGAGAGCACCGACAGUCUUCACUUUCCUUACGGUGCAGCAGGUGGGAUAUCCUUGGAUAGCCUGGAUCUGACGGAGGCGCCACGUAGGGAUCCGAUGUCCCUGUCGAGGGACUCGGGCUUGACCUUGUCGGACUGUCAGCUAUUCAUCCCGGAGUCACCCGUGGGCUCCGAAGAUUCAGCCCCGAACGCCUCGUCGUCCAGUAACUACCGCGAGGACAAGUCCCUCGCGAAGGAGGACAAGACCAGCAGCAAAUCCUACGUGUCGGUUUACAGAUGUGGCUGGGAAGAGAGAUUGAACGGCUACGCGUCGGGCAAUCACGCCCACGCGAACGGCGCGGAGCACAGCUUCAGGGAGGAGAAGAGCAACGCGGGUUACCCCAAUCCGAACUUCCAGCGGCAGGACUGGCUGCGGGCGCAGCUCAAGAGAACGUCCAGGACGAACAAGCUGGACGAACACGAGCACAGGAAGGAGAGAUUCGGUGACAAAGAUAUCUACGAGACGGAAUAUCUCAGGCAGGACAUGAAGGAGAACGUGGAGAACUGCAAGACUUAUCGGAGCAGGCAGUUGAACGUGAGCUACGACGCAUUGUCGGAGGAUUACGACAGCAAGAGCUCGCAGCAGGAUAUUCGAGGCGGCGAGCGCGUGUCGAUCCACGACUCGGAGCAGGAUCUGGCCGGCGGCGGCGAUACGCCCCGAUCCAGUGGUAGCGAUUGCUACGAGUUCAAGAAGAAGGACGGUUACAGCGAGUACCAGAAAGAGAAAGAGGCUUAUAAUGAAUACAAGAAGGUUUCGUGUGCCGGUCGCCAGUAUCCCGUGACUCGGGAGACGCCGGAGCAAAAAGCCGCUCGUUGUCUAGUGCGUCAUCAGAAGCUGUGCGAGGAGUACGAGAGGGUCAAGCACAUAUACAUGGAAGUGUUCAAGUUCUGCAAGAACGAAGAGCCGCGGGGCGAGUACGAACGGUCGGACAUGAGCGAUUCGUACAAGGGCACGGUAGUCGAUCUCAACGAGGACGAGCACGAAGGGGAGAAGACCUCGUGGCCGGACACACCGCCACCGCUGCCGCCGAGGCUCAGGCAUCUACCGCCGGUGCACAUGAAUCUCGAGGACAGGCACAAGGUCGCGGGUAGAUCUAGAUCUCUGCCGCCGCCGCCGCCCUACCGACCGCCACCGCAACCCCGCGCCCCCAUUACCACGAGGCAUUUAGGCUUCGGCAGAUCUGUCGUCGACGACGAGAGCUACGUCUGAACGGUCGACCCAGGUCGCCUCGUGAUUGUCAAGAGACCCCCCCCCCCCCAUAUUAUCAUUGAUUCCGACGUGUUAUGAUAUCCACGUCGUGGGUUUUCUACGACGACUGAACCUAGUCCAAAUCGAAACGCUGUAGUAUCGCGAAUGAUAGGAAGAUUGAAGAUUUUGUUAGCGUCUUAAAGUGCGUCAUUGCGAUUCUUUCUUAAAAAAACGACGAGCACUUGUCGUCUUUCAUUGAUCAAACUUAUUGUUAGUGAUAACGAGACAGCGUAUGCCUGAGACGACAGUGGGCAGUGGGAUUCGCUGUCUGUUGGCGCUUAAUCGACAAUAAAUUCUGAUCCGCAUCCUCGUCUCUUAGCGCUGAAUGCGUUCGUACAACUUUCAUCUACGUUGAUUUGAAUUGUUUUCUGUAAGUAGACUAGAUGUCAAUUUAUAUGAUCGUGUUCAAGGCUAAAAAUGCUGAUCGAGGAUCCAGAUCCGUGACUGUCAUUCAGUGAUUCAGGGUGCUUCCACGAGCAUUAAUUCAUAAUAUCUUGGUAGGCAUAGUAUUCGCAUAUAAGUAGCUUACUAAGCGUAGACUAAGUGACGGACAAUACUAUCGCCGAAACGAUACUACAAGUAAUUCUUUUCUUACGUAAAUAACGUUUGUAAAAAUAUUAAUAAAAGCAGAGACGAAUAAAGUUUUUUUCGAGAGACGUGAGAGAAUCGAGGAUGUGUACUAACAAUGCAUUAAUAGCCAUAAUAAUGCGUUCGAUGAGUGUGCGAUGAGCCGCACGCUCGGCGGUAUAUUUUAUAGCGCGUUAAUUAGUAAAAGUUUUUAUUUUUGCAAAUUACUUUUUUACCAAGUAAACGUACGUUCUUGGGAUUUUUUACGUUUUCAGGAAGCCAGAAUCGGUCAGGAAAAUAAUUGCAAUGGAAUAAAAAGUCUUUGCAAAAUGUCUUAUAUAUAACUGGUUUUCCAUAACCAAUUUCGAACUGAUUUUAAGUUCAUGGUGGUACUACUUCCAGUGACCGAUCACUUUUUAGACAUAUGUAUGUGUUGUAGAAACACGUUCGUAACUGUCUUUUAACAGAAGGAUUGACGGAAAUAGUGUACUUUUCGAAAUGUGUUCUUUUCCGCGUUUGUUCAUAAAAUUUUGCGCGGAUGAGCGAGAGUGAUUACACAAGAUGAGUAUGUCGAAAUACUAUAUGGUAGUAUUUUAUUUCUGACAAUCGCGAUGUAUGAUUUUCGAGAACACAAAACGCUUUGCGUUUACGAAGACACAAGUGCGAUUAUAUUCUUAACGGCUAUAGAAUAUAAUAAACGUUGGAAUGUUAUACGACAAUCUUGUCGCUCUUUGUAUAUAUUAAAGUCUGUAAACUGUCAUCUCUUAUAUCGUUAAACUCUUAUGAUAUGAUGUAUAACAAUCAAGAUGUAUGUAUCUGUAUAUAUAUACAUAUAUAUACGUGUGUGUAUAUAUAUAUAUAUAUAUAUAUAUGUAUAUGUAUAUAAAACUUAUCUAAAUUAUAUAUGUUAUGCUACAAAGGCAAAUAUAUAUAUUUCGUAUUUUAUACAUUUAUGGAUCUUCUUUAAUGUAACCCAUCCUUAUCUCGGAGAUUUAAUAAAUUAAUUCUAUAUUAAG